GCAGGCAAAAUAAAAAUUGAGCGCCGAAGUGUUGCACGCACGAUGCGUUUUCUAUAAAAUUUUCCUCAAACCUAUCAAAAUUGACGGCGGCCGUGAGAGAUUACAUUCGAAUAGUGUCAAAGGUAAUUAUCGCAGAAGAUAGAAUUACGUAGAAAAGAAUUAUAGCUGAAGUGAUAAAAUAAAGUAGUUUAGUGUUUGCAAGUGCUGGCAUUUGUUUCGUAUUGAGAAGAGCGAGUUACAUAACCUUGAAUCACGGGACUCCAGUAUUGAUCAUAUAAAUUGUUUAAAAUUUACUUGGAUUAUUUACAAUCAGAUCAGAAACACUAAUACUUGUGGCUUACAUAUCCAACAAUAAUGCAUCGCGCACGGGCAGUAUUUCAAGUAUCAAACAAAGUUGGCAACACUGAAAGGUUUGCAUCAUGGCUGCUCAACCAACCACAGAAAGCCGUCGUGGCAGUAAACGCCAGUAGGUGGAAGAGUUCUACGGCGGCAGAGCCUUUCCUCAAUGGCUCCAGCUCGGCGUAUGUCGAGACCAUGUACAACUCAUGGCUCUCGGACCCUAACUCCGUGCAUGCGUCUUGGGAUGCGUUUUUCCGAAACGCCACAGCUGGGGCGCAGCCUGGAGCUGCUUACACGUCUCCCCCAAACCUCGCACCCUACAACAAAAAUGAGGUGCCACUCACAGCUCUUGUUCCAGCGUCGGCCGGUAUGCCCUCGAUUUCUGCAGGAUCCCCAAUCAACGAGAAAAUAAUCGACGACCAUCUCGCCGUCCAAGCCAUCAUCAGGAGUUAUCAGUCCCGGGGUCACCUCGUAGCGCAACUCGAUCCCCUCGGCAUCUCUACGGGGGAUCCUGUGUCGAGCGGCGAAUGGCACGGUGGCCUGAGAGCCUUCGCCAAUGAGGCUGUUAUUAGACAACACGUUCGGUUUGAUGAAGCCGAUAUGGACAGGGUAUUCAAAUUACCAUCUACAACGUUCAUUGGCGAAAAGGAGAAAGCACUUCCUCUAAGGGAGAUCCUCAGUCGCCUGGAGGCAGCAUACUGCAACAACAUCGGUAUCGAGUUCAUGUUCAUCAACUCUUUGGAGCAAUGCAACUGGAUCAGGCAAAGGAUGGAACCUCCUAAUGUAACGAAGAUGAGUCCCGACCAGAAACGACUGAUUUUGGCGCGGCUUACAAGAUCUGCUGGAUUCGAAAACUUCCUGGCUAAGAAAUGGUCGUCAGAGAAGCGUUUCGGUCUGGAGGGCUGCGAGAUCUUGAUCCCCGCCAUGAAACAAGUCAUUGACGUUUCUACACGCCUUGGAGUCGAAUCCAUCAUCAUGGGAAUGCCACAUAGAGGUCGUCUGAAUGUAUUGGCCAAUGUGUGCCGUAAGCCGCUGCAUCAAUUGUUCACCCAGUUCGCUGGGCUCGAAGCCGAGGACGACGGCUCUGGUGACGUCAAAUACCAUUUGGGUACAUACAUCGAGCGUCUGAACCGUGUGACGAACAAGAACAUAAGGCUGGCGGUGUGCGCCAACCCAUCUCACUUGGAAGCCGUCGAUCCCGUUGUCCAGGGCAAGACCAGGGCCGAACAGUUCUACAGGGGCGACAAUGAGGGCAAGAAGGUAAUGUCAAUCCUCCUUCACGGUGACGCCGCUUUCGCCGGCCAAGGCGUGGUGUUCGAGACGAUGCACUUGUCGGACCUCCCCGCCUAUACCACACACGGAACCAUUCAUAUCGUGGCCAACAAUCAGAUCGGAUUCACCACCGAUCCUAGGCAUUCCCGUUCUUCUGCUUACUGCACAGAUGUGGCCCGCGUAGUAAACGCUCCAAUCUUCCACGUUAACGGCGACAACCCUGAGGCAGUGAUGCACGUUUGCAACGUGGCGGCGGAAUGGCGCGCCACCUUCCACAAGGACGUGGUCAUUGAUAUUGUGAGCUACCGCAGAAACGGACACAACGAGGUUGAUGAGCCUAUGUUCACCCAGCCACUUAUGUACCAGAAGAUCCGCAAGACCAAACCUGUGUUGGAGAAAUACGCUGACCAACUGAUUGCUGAAGGUGUUGUGACCGCGGAAGAAGUGAAAGAUGUGAAAGAUAAAUAUGAGAAGAUCUGCGAAGACGCGUACAAUCAGGCCAAGCAGGAAACUCACAUCAAGUACAAGGACUGGCUGGACUCGCCCUGGUCUGGAUUCUUCGAGGGCAAGGACCCGCUCAAGAUGAGCCCCAGUGGCGUCCACGAAGAGACGUUAGUCCACAUCGGCAAACGAUUCUCAUCGCCGCCGCCCAACGCCGCCGAGUUCGAGAUCCACAAAGGGUUGCUCCGUAUCCUGAAAGCUCGUAUGGAGAUGGUGGACAACCGCACUGUGGACUGGGCUUUAGCUGAGGCCAUGGCGUUUGGAUCGCUGCUGAAGGAAGGCAUCCAUGUCAGACUGUCUGGCGAGGACGUCGAGAGAGGAACUUUCUCCCACAGGCAUCACGUGCUUCACCACCAGAAAGUGGACAAGGCGACGUACUGUGCGCUCGCGCAUCUCUACCCCGACCAGGCGCCUUACACCGUUUGCAACAGCUCUUUGUCUGAAUAUGGUGUGCUCGGCUUCGAAGUGGGCUACUCCGUGACGAACCCCAACGCGCUAGUCCUAUGGGAGGCCCAGUUCGGUGACUUCAACAACGUGGCGCAGUGUAUCAUCGACCAGUUCAUAUCCAGCGGACAGGCCAAGUGGGUGCGGCAGUCCGGAAUCGUGCUAUUGCAGCCUCACGGAAUGGAGGGCAUGGGCCCUGAGCACUCGUCGGCUCGCCUCGAGAGAUUCCUUCAGAUGAGCUCCGACGACCCCGACUACAUGCCACCGGAAAGCCCCGACUACGAAGUUCGCCAACUGCACGACUGCAACUGGAUCGUGGCAAACUGUUCCACCCCCGCGUCGUACUUCCACAUCCUGAGGAGGCAGAUCAUGCUGCCGUUCCGCAAGCCUCUCAUCUUGAUGACGCCCAAAUCUCUGCUGAGACACCCCGAGGCCAAGUCCUCCUUCGACGACAUGAACGAGGGCACUUCCUUCAGAAGAUUGAUCCCGGAAGAAGGAGCAGCGUCGAAGAACCCGAGCGGCGUCCGCAAGCUGGUGUUCUGCUCGGGCCGCGUGUACUACGACCUGCUGAAGCAGCGCCGCGACCGCGGGCUCGAGGCCGACAUCGCCAUCGCCAGGGUGGAACAAAUCUCGCCGUUCCCGUACGAUCUGAUCAAGGCGGAGGUCGCCAAGUACCCGAACGCCCAACUGGUUUGGAGCCAGGAGGAACACAAGAACAUGGGCUCCUGGAGCUACAUCGAGCCUCGUUUCCGCACUCUAUUGCAGAACCAGAAGCAGAUCUGGGCAAAGUCCCAAUCUCAGGGGGGUAGUUGGUUGAGCCAGCUUUUCGGCAGCUCUCAGCCGCCCGCCCAACAGGGCGAUUCCGAGGCCAAAACUGUGCCGCGAACUAUUAGCUACAACGGCAGGGCCACCGCCGCCUCUCCCGCCACCGGCUCCAAGGCGGCCCACAACAAGGAACUGAAGAACCUUCUCGAUGAGUUCUGUGUAUUAUAAAUUUCCCAAUUUUAUCACCCAUUGCUAUCCCAGCCAAUAUAAUACACAAAACAUAGAUCAAAACUAUGUUCAUUUCGAAACGACAUUUAUCUUUGACAUUUUUCGACGAAACAUUUUUUUUUGUUUAAAUUUUUUAUCUGUCAUACCGUCAGUAUUUUGUUGUAAUUCUCUUCACGAUUAGGUAGGAUAGUUAGAUAAAUUCUUAUUUAUUUAUUUAAUGUAGCAUAGCAUAAUAGCGUGCCGUAGUAUUGUUAUUUAUUUUCUUAGGUAAAGCAAUAUAGCUUAGUCUCCACUGUUAGGCGUUUCACGAUUAUAUUGCUUUGUAACUAAAUGGUAACAAGGUUAAUGAUUAAAUUUAUCGCUAUUUACUGUAGUGUAGUUUUGUACAGAAAUUUGUGAACAUUUUAUUUUUUUAUUUCAAUGUGACAUAUAUUUUUUUUUUGCUGGCGGGUUUAUACGUUCCUUUUGCUAGUCCGAAUUCUCGUUAUUGUAGCGAUUAGGUUGCAACUGUACUAGUGAGUAGCGCUUUGUAGAAAUAAUAUUAAUAUAUUAUAUCUACGUUCGUGAAUUUACACCUAACUUGUAGGUGAUAAAUUUCCAACUUUUCUGCGCUACUCGCCACUGUGGUUCAUGCCUUAUUAAAGUUAACACUCGUGUAACGAUAUUAAUCGAUAUUACUAUAUGGUAUUAAAUACAUAGUCGAAUCAAAUUUCACUGUUGUACGUACUACUACUGUAAUAAUUCGUUAGAGUCUUUAAGGUCGUUAUGUUUUGCAUCCGGCCUCACCCUAGAUUUAGUUCACAUAGUUACCGCCGUUCUAAACGGCAAAUGUAAGGAGUAACACCAACGCCCGCGCUCUGUAUAAACCAACGCGUAUUAUUGUCUUAAUUCACUGGCAAAUAAGGUGUUACAGAGACCACCUUUUUAAUAUUUACCUGUCACUUUUGGUAGUACCGGCUAUGGAUGUAUAGUUAAACUGUACGAAACUACUCGGUACUUUAAAGUGAUGCGACACAAAAGAGGUACAACGUUGCUGGUCUUACAAACUACUUAUUUGUCAGUUCUUUAUCUGUAGUCCUAAAUUUACGAGGUUUUGUCGUUACCUAAUCUGUACGUAGAAUUAUAUCUUCUCUUAAAUCGGCUGUUAAUAUUGUAACUAUACAUUUAUUUGUUAAUUUGUCGGCGAAACGUAACAUUUGUGUAAAAUUUAUUUAUCUUUGGAACACUAUUCGCAUGUAUUAAAUGCACUAUUGUCGAAAUAAUUUAGAUGUUUACAUAUUUUAGAUUUGAGCUCAGGCCGCAAGAAUUUGUAUGACAAUGUGAUUUGAAUGUAAGAAGGUCUGGUAGGUAAACCUGAGCUUAUUUAACGCUAUGUUAGUAACAACAAGUUAUUUUACAACAAAUAUAAUUAUACAGUGAA